GUGCUUAACCGUGGAAUUAUCUACAAGUAUGUCGUUGGUGCCGCCAGGGGGCGGGGAUUCGCCGAGUCCUCGUCGAGCUGUGAGCCCCCUCCUCGAGUCCCGCAGGCCUCACUGUACAUUGGCGUGCGACUAUUGCGCGGCCAUCUUGGAAGACAAGUUUAGACGUAAUGCAGACAUGCGGAAUCGUGGCACAUCACCCCUGUCAGUGUCACCGCGUCAGUCCCUCACCGGGGAGCCGCCUUGGACACUGCCGGACGACGACCGACCCGACUUCUCCGCACUGAAGGAAAACAUUCAUAGGAUCAACAAGGACUGCGAAACAUCUACUCGACUGGACAUGUUACUUACGCAAGUUGAACAGUACGCAAACAAUCUGGAGGCUCUCGUGGAGGAACGGACGUCAGACUAUUUGGAAGAGAAGAGAAAAUGCGAGGAAUUAUUAUACCAGUUAUUGCCUAAGUCCGUGGCCUCACAGCUCAUAAUGGGUCAGCCGGUGAUGGCAGAGACUUACGACCAAGUGACGAUCUACUUCAGUGACAUUAUUGGCUUCACCCAGCUCUCGGCUGAGUCCACGCCGCUCGAAGUUGUGGACCUACUCAACGACUUGUACACCAGCUUCGACUCCAUCAUUGAGAACUUCGAUGUUUAUAAGGUGGAGACAAUUGGUGACGCAUACAUGGUGGUAUCUGGCCUACCAAUGCGGAAUGGUAACCGCCAUGCAGCUGAAAUAGCGCGCAUGUCACUCGCCUUACUGCGCGCUGUGAGGGUAAAGACUGUGCCUCACAGGCCUGGAGAGAGAUUACUGCUGAGAAUUGGAAUGCAUUCAGGUCCCGUUGUUGCCGGAGUGGUUGGUUUGAAGAUGCCUCGAUACUGUUUGUUUGGAGACACAGUGAAUACGGCGUCAAGAAUGGAGUCUCAUGGAGAAGCACUAAAGAUUCACGUCAGUCCCAAAACCAAAGAAGUUCUCGACCUUUAUGAUUGCUUUGAACUCGAGUGCCGCGGGGAGAUUACGAUGAAGGGUAAAGGAAAAAUGACUACGUAUUGGUUACUAGGUGAUAAAACAAGUACAAUUGAUACCAAAACGCCUAGUGUGAUUAAUUACAGUGAAAACACAGUCACAAACAAUCCAAGCAUAACAUUCCAAGGACCUGAUAGUCCAGCUUCUCAUUCGUUGACACACAGUCAAAGCCCAGAAAGAAAUGGCACAAAAGAAAACGUCACCAGCAAAGCAGCUGAUAUAUUAACAGAAAGAGAACGUAUAAAGCACGAAAUAGCCACAUUUGUAGCUAAAGAUCUCAUUAACAAUAUAGACAAUGCUGUAAGGGAAUUUAGAUUAUCUCAAAGCGCGACUAUGGCUGCACUUAAUAUUAGUAAUACUGGUGUUAGUAACAAACCAGUUUGUAAUGGUAACGAUAAAGGCCUAAUCACACCUACUUAUGAUAAAGAGCUUGUUAUUAAUAAAGGAAAAGUACGAGACGUUGUAAACAGACUUAACAGUACUAUGAAUAGCACAAACGAAACCAAUAAGAACACCAAAGGCGAAAGUAAAAAGUGAAUCUGGUGGAGACUGAACCUUUUACUGAAGAAUCUCUUUUAUGAUCUCAAAUCUUUUAGAUGUCACCAAGGACAAAGUAAAUGAUCGCAAUCACUAUAUUUAUUUAUUAAAACUUAAUAUAUUACUGUAUAUUCAAAAUAGUAUUAUACUGUAGUGCAAAGCACGUAAUGAAGUAACGGACUAGUCAAUCAUUUAAGAAUUUUUCGUAUAGUAAACUAAGUAUUUUAACAAUAUUGUUAGAUGUAGCACUUAUUAAAUGUGGGUGACCAAAACCUACUCCGAAUUUUAGAAUAAGUAACACUUAUAUUAGAGAGUUAAUGUAGACAAGAGAUAAAAUAUAUGAAGAUAUUUAUUAAAAUAUAUAUAUUAAAUGUACGUAAAAAGUCGUUAAAGCGAUAAAACAGAAAGCAAGUAGUGAGAAUUUGUGUGAAUAUAGAAGAUUUCAGAUAACUAUUGUAUUUUACACUAGUCCCUGUAGUAUUUUUACUAACCUUUUGUACUUCCGUACCUUUUUAAAUCUUGUGUACAUACUUGAUAAUUGUAAACUAUAGUACAGUUAUAAGAUUAACUCACAGAAACUAUCACACGUAAGGUGUAUUGUCUUGUUUCAAAUACUAGUCAUUGGUAAUAUAAUUAUUUAGGAAUAAUUCACUAGUUUACUUAUUUAGAUCAUUUAUUGCUGUUACUUACUUAUUUUUUGUA